CUUUAGAAACAUAUAGGAAUUACUUAGGCAAACGUGUCAUGCAGCUUUUACACACGUAUGCUCAACCACAAAAGUACUAGCUGUAAAAGUGUGUGUCGAGACACGCACACUACGGUUCGUAUUUACCGAAUGCUUAAGUUUUGUGUGUCCGUACUCGUAGACAUUUACCUCUGUAAUCAUUGCAAAAGGUGCCGAUGAAUGAAAUUCUAUAAAUUUGGAAUACUAAAAAAUACCUGAACUUUUUAGAGAGUUUCAAUAAAUCUAGUGAAUUCGCAAACUUCGGCUUAUCAAGGAUCGCGUCAUUCAUUUCGACUCUGAAAUUUCGAGUGUUCGUAAUUGCGCCGAGUAACAAAAAAAACGCGGCGGAAUAACGGGUUUUCUGCGUUAAAAACGCAUCUAACAAUACCGUAAACCGCAAACGUAAAUAAACAAAUCAAUCGUCGGUGUGAAAAUUGCGCGUGUGUUAAUCUAACGUGGUAUCCACCGGUUAAAUGACAAUUAACGUGUAAAUAACAACCGUUGGUUGGGCAAUAAUGAUGUUGAAGGAGCGGCCGAAUUUAAGCUGAAAGUUCGACGCAAUAAUGUUGAUCGUGGACUCGUCUCUCUUUUUUGACGUUUGUCGUGAUCGCCGCUAGAACGAGGUUAUAAGAGCAGAGUGUUUUUAACUCAACUCGACCAAUACAGUUUUGUGCGUCAGUGUUUUAUUUUUUGUUUUAUAAAAAAGUAUCUGUAUUAAAAAAUGAACGGGUUCAGUACCGGCGAAGAGGACUCCAGAGGAGCCGCCGAUCAGAUUUGCUGUUUAGUUGAUGAAGGGGAAAGGUGCUCGCGAUCAGCUGGCAAUGCUUCCUACAGCAAACGAAUUCAAAAAACCGUGACUCAAAGACGCCUCAAACUCAAUCAGGAUCACACGGUUCGUCACACUUAUAUUUGCGACUAUCACAAACAAGUAAUACAAUGCGCUCGAUCAAAACAGCAGCAACAACGGCGGAGAAAAGACUCUGAGGAAGAUUCUGGUGAGACAGACAACGACCUUCCGGAGGUUGAUCUUUUUCAGCUCCAAGUUGGAACUUUGAGGCGGUACAAAAGGCAUUAUAAAGUUUCAACACGGCCCGGACUUAACAAAGCACAAUUGGCUGAUGCAUUAAUGAAGCAUUUCAAGACGAUUCCAGUGGCUGAAAAAGAAGCGCUCAGUUUCUUCAUAUACACAGUGAAAACAAAUGCGAAUAAGUUGGAUCAAAAAAAUGGCUUAAGCAGCGACGCGACGUAGCGCAGGUGCGGACUCGGUGCCGCGAGAGCCAAGCAAUGUCAUAUUUUAAUCAUAGAGAAACGAAGAACUUUUUUUUUUCCAUCAUCCUAAAGACUUUAACUUGUUAAUGAAAGGUACAUAUUUUAUAAGGAUAAUGUAUAAAUCUGAGAGAAUAUUAUUAUUUGUCCAUUGAGUAAGAAAAAAAUGAUAUCGAAGUAAACAUCGACCACUUUUACUCUA